AAAAUCUAACCUUUGCAUCAUAUAAAUUUGUUGGCUUUCUUUCCAUCUUUUCUUUCAUUCCAAAAACCCAAAAUCACAGACCAAGAAGAAAGAUCGAUUUUUUGGUGUUAGAAAACUCAAAUGGUUGUUUGCCAAGCUUCAAAGAUCGAUCUCCCAACUCCCUUCUCCUCACCUUCUUCUUCUAAAGCUCCGAUAUCUCUCCUUUUUGAACCCCAUUCUUUUUCCCUUGCCCUUCUACACUCUGAUUCUUCUCUUUCCCUUUUUCCUUCUAUUUCUUUCCCUUUCUCUUCCAACAAAAACUCCCUUACCGUUCCUUCUCCUUCAUCGUCCUACAGUUUCCUUCUCCAAAAAACCCAAAAAAAUCCUGACCCCAGAGUCCUUUUCAUCGUCGCAGGUCCUUAUAAAGGUGGUUCCAGGGUUCUCCUUAGGUUUUUUCUUUAUAAGAAUGAUGGUAGGAAGGCUUUUGAGAAGGCUAAAGUUGUUGUUCCCAAGCAAAAGGGUAUUGAGUUUGAUGAUAAAGUUGGGGUUUUGAUUGAUGUCAGUCACGGUUUGAAACUCAUUAUUUCUGGGUCUGUUAAUUUCUUCGCACUGUAUUCAGUCUCAAGCUCCAAAGUUUUGAUCUUUGGGGUCAAAUUGGUGGAUAAUAUAGAUGAAAUUGUUGACGGGGUCGCUUUUAAGCUCAUGAAAUUUGCUGUGAUUGAUUGUUUGAAGCCUGUUUUUUCAAUCGGUAUUUCAUUUGAGCGGUUGGUUUUAGGGGAGGAAAAUGGGGUCAAAGUUUGGAAUUUAAGAGAAUUGGUGAAAGGGAAAAAGGUCAAGAAAGUGAAGAAUUACGGUCUUUCAGAUGGUGUAAUUGGAGCUAACAAUGGUAGAUCUAGUUGUUCAGAUAUUGUUCCUAAUAGCUAUUUGGAUGGAAAGAUUGAAAACCCUACUGUUUCAGUGAACCCAAGGUCUGGUAAACACAGACAAGGAUUGGUCGAAUCAGGAGUGUUAUUUGUGCCAUUUGAGCAGGAGGUUAAGGGCUUGACAUCUAUGAAAGUGCCAUCUAUGUCCUUGAAGGCAAUUUCAAUUCAACCAUUGUCCUCGACGAGGUUCUUGGUCUUGGAUACUUCUGGAGAUUUGUUUGUCUUGGAUGUAACAGACACAGCUCUUGGAUCAAAUGUCACCAGCUACAUGAGGCGAUUGCCACAUGUUAUGAAGGUGCAUAAAAUGGCUGUUUUUCCUGAUGUUUCCUCAAGAAGGCAGACUGUUUGGAUAUCAGAUGGGCAUCAUUCCAUGCACGUGGUGGACAUUAGCUCUGCUGUGAAUGAAACUGAUAAAAGAGAGAUUGUUCAAGCAAUUUUUACUAGCGAAAAGAUCCAAGAUAUGAUACCUAUGGCUGCAAACAGUAUUUUGAUCCUUGGACAAGGAAGCUUGUAUGCAUAUACAGUCUCCUGAAGUGGUUGGCAACCAUAUCUUUUUGUGCGGUAAUUUCUGUUCCUGGUUGUGUUUUGGUGAUUUUAUACCCUCGAUUUGUUCCCAGACCGAGUUUUUAGUGAAACAAAGGAGUCUAAAGUCAUGAUCUGCAGUUGUCUCGUGUCUAAUGGUGCAUAAGACUUCGAGGACAUCGACCUCUUGAAGAAUCAAUUCGGAUGCUGAGGGGGUCACAUCUUGGUAACUACUGCAAACACCAUUUACAUCAAAGCCUCAACUGAAGCUAUUUGGUCGUUGCAUCGGUCCAUUUCAUCUUUGCCACCAUGCAAUUAAUUACACCUUAUGUUGUUGAGAAGCUGAGGUGACAAAAGGAUGGCAGCUAGUGUGUAUGAUCCUUUAUCAAACUCCAUUGUUGUGUUUCUUUUAAAGGUCAGUCACUGCGUCAACAUCUGAGCAUUGAAAUUUGAAGGGGCGAUUUUCUA